CCCGUUACUAGGUACCGCCCCUCGGUGUGUUUAUAGCUGACUCGCUUCCGGUGUGCGAACACGCCAGCAUUACAGCUGUGGAAAAUUUAACAUCGUCAGGGUCUGAGGGAAUACUGUGAGUUAUCGCCAGUAAACUUAGCCAGUUUUGCGAGACAAGGCAAUAAGAAGAACACAUUCGUACAACAUGAGCGCUCCAACAACACGACUGAGGGAAUUCAAGUCUGCAGUACCGGACCCAACCCCUAGUGUUUACAGAUACGGACGGACGGUAGAAGGGUUAUACCCUGGACAGGUCGGUCGGGUCUCAUACCAGAUGAAAGAGGCUCCCUUACACCAAAGUUACAGGUUUCUUCCUGAGUUCACGUUGCGAGCACCCUACACCCAUGACAAGGAAAACCCAUUCAAGAACGUCAUACAUACGGAGGCGUCCUGGGAGUACGCCCACCCCACCAACCCCGCGCCCCUGCCGAAGACCCCGGGUGACCCCGUCCGACGGCCGCACACAGUGGACGUGUACGGUCUGCCCGACCAGACCUUCAGAACCAGCUACGGGGACUCCUUCAACAGGCGGGGCGAGCUGUGGGACCCCAGGGAUCCGCUAGAUGUCACCAGACUCAAGGCCAAGAAAAGAGUCUCUUUUGAUAACUAGACUCGGCUUUAAAAAUUGAAUGAUGACCAAUAACUGUCAUGACAUCAUAGGAUCGUAUAAUGUCAAGAAUUAUGCUUCAACUUUUAACAGGAUGAUAUAUAUUUAGAAAAAAAAAACAAUUGCCAGGACAAACGAUGCUUUUACGUCUUAAUAACCUUGAAUUGUAAGGUAAAAGUAGUUUGAAAUGUUUUUACAAUGUAGACGCUAAUCUAAGGGGAAGGUUUAUAAGGUAUUUUAUAGAAUGCACAUGUACAACUUUGAUGUUAUAAAUACACCAACAAACUUGACAUAUCCAAUCGUACAUAGAAAAGAAAAAGACAUGUACAUAUCAUAUUAGAUCGCCACUGCGACAACAUAUUGGGUUGUUGAGUAAACAAUUGGGUGGGUCUAAAGUUAAAAUUCUGGUGAUAAAAUCUAACAUUGAACCAGUACUGUUCCUUGUAUAUUUACUUAUAAGAUAUGUACGCCAGUUGCUGCUACUGUUCACUGUUGCACUUUUACUGAGAUUGAUGCAUUUCGUUUUUGUUACUAAGUGCGUGUUGUUGAGCGCCAUAUUGUAAACCGACAUGUACAAAUAAAAUAAUCUGUUGAAUUUUACAUAUGCAAAUAAAACAAACUGCUGCAGCAGUGUUGACACA